AUGCAGUUUGGCAAGGGGAAGUCGUGUUGCUACCGGUUUCUGACAAAAGGCCAGCAGUGGAUUUGGCUGCAGACCCACUACUACAUCACCUACCACCAGUGGAACUCCAAGCCCGAGUUCAUCGUGUGCACGCACUCGGUCGUCAGUUACGCAGAUGUCCGAGUAGAAAGGAGGCAGGAGCUGGCUUUGGAAGACCCGCCCUCUGAGACCAUGCACCCCUCAGCUCUGAAGGACAAGGGCUCAAGCAUGGAACCUCAGCAGCACUUUGAUGCACUUGACGUGGGCACCUCUGGCCUUAACACCAGUCCUUCUCCAUCAGCAUCUUCAAGGAGUUCCCACAAAUCCUCACACACAGCCAUGUCAGAACCCACCUCCACUCCAACCAAGCUGAUGGCAGAGACCAGCACCACAGCUUUGCCAAGAUCAGCCACCCUACCCCAAGAGUUACCCGUUCCUGGGCUCAGCCAGGCAGCCACAAUGCCGACUCCACUGCCUUCCCCAUCCACCUGUGACCUCACGCAGCAGCUCCUGCCUCAGACCAUCUUGCAGAGCCCACCUGCUCCCAUGGCACAGUUUUCAGCACAGUUCAGCAUGUUCCAAACCAUCAAAGACCAGCUGGAGCAGCGGACGCGGAUUUUGCAGGCCAACAUCCGGUGGCAGCAGGAAGAGCUCCACAAGAUCCAGGAGCAGCUCUGCCUGGUCCAGGACUCCAACGUCCAGAUGUUUCUGCAGCAGCCAGCUGUACCUCUGAGCUUCAGUAGUGCCCAGCGGCCUGAGGCUCCACAGCAGUUACAGCAAAGGCCGGGUGCAACGUCGCAGCCCCACCUCGUGGCCAGCCCUCAGCUUCCAGGGCAGAUGGCCUCCACCCAGGUCACAAACCAGCACCUGCUCAGAGAAUCAAGUGUGAUAUCCUCCCAGGGUCCAAAGCCAAUGAGAAGCUCCCAGCUGAUGCAGGGAGGCAGCCAUUCGGUGAGCAGCUUAACACCCCAGUUCAGCAGCACCUCGGCUGUCCUUCCUCCAGGUCUGAGCCUGACCACAUCUGCUCCCACCUCCCAGGAUGCCAGCCAGUGUCAGUCCAGCCCUGACUUCAGCCAUGAUCGGCAGCUCAGGCUACUGCUGAGCCAACCCAUCCAGCCCAUGAUGCCUGGGUCCUGUGAUGCCAGGCAGCCCUCGGAGGUCAGCAGGACAGGACGGCAAGUCAAGUAUGCACACAGCCAAGCCGUGUUUCCAAGUCCAGACUCACACCCCGCCAGCAGCAGCGCCUCAACCCCUGUCCUGCUGAUGGGGCAGGCAGUGCUUCACCCCAGCUUCCCCACCUCCCAGCCGUCACCCUUGCAGCCGGCACAGGCCCAGCAGCAGCCACCACACUACCUGCAGGCGCCCACCCCUCUGCACAGUGAGCAGCCGGACUCGCUACUUCUCCCCACCUACUCCCAGCAGCCAGGGACACUGGGCUACGCCGCGCCGCCCGCACAGCCGCAGCCACAGCCCCCGCGCGCACCCCGCAGGGUCAGCCGGCUGUCCGAGUCAGGCCUGCAGCAGCCACCCCGAUAGAGGCCUGGCGCCGGAGUCGGACACAAUUAGCUUUAACCAAUGGACGAGGGGGUGGCCGGGAGGUGGGGAGACGGAUUUGCAAUAAGCCCUUGGCCUGUGUGCAUCCUGCGUACAUUUCAGAACUGGAUGGUGGCCAUCAGUGGAAAAAGAACGAAUACUGGCCAUGUUUCCCUGGGCGCGGAGGUUCUCGGGCACACUCUACAGCCAUUCCGGACGGUAACCGGCGUGGCCUGUGUAGGUGUCGUUCCUCAGUUUACCUACAGAGAUGGCGCCCCUCGCUGCAUCCCCGAAAGUGCGCAGGUUAUUUUACCUGUGCGCCCUACCUGGCCUU